AUGCUGUAUAUUAACGCCGGGAGAAAGGGCAAUCUACAGGAUCUUCAGGAUUACUGGGAUGUGGCAACUUUCUUCGAAGUGUCUGUCCUUUGGGCUGACUACGCAGGGGCGGUAAAAGCUGCUAGAUACAUGCACAAACUGAAUCCGCCUUCGUGGCACCUGGACUCCACCUUAAGAAACAUUCGACUGAUUUUGCGCGCUCGGAAGAUUAGGGCAGACACAACAGAUAAGGAUAUGGAGCUUUUCAACUUCUGGUUGGAGUUCUUUCAAGAGUGCAUCCAAAAUCCCGAAACCGAAAACAAGUCAUCAGAGGGCUUGAAGAUAAAUGAAGAAGUUGGUGAUGAGAAUAAGGAGCAGGUAACAAAAUCCAACGCGAAUCCAGAGGCUGGAACACCAUUGCGAAUCUAUUUUCCAGUGUUGCUGGUGGACAUGAGCGGUGAGGAGUUAAGACCGGCUCAUCUCCACCUCCACACUCACUCAGACAAGCCAAACAUGCGCGUGUGCUACAUCGAGAGCAGUCAACAACCGCCUCCGAAGGCCUCUACUCAUCGUGCAGUCACGCCCAUGGUUUUUACGUUUGCAGAAGAAAAUAGUACGGAGAAUGGCGAAUCCACACCACUCUCCAACCUUCGGCUUAACCAAACCUACGACCUUGUUUUCUACGAAGAUGAUAUCAAAGGGUUUAGCCUUAAUCCAAAGGACAAACGGAAUCUCUACUUUUUCACUGUUCAAGCGGAAGACUAUUCAAUAUUCUUUCCAUGCGAACGUUCGCGAACUGACUUUCUGGCCGCCAUUCGAGCCUCGCUCUCGGAGCAUGAUAAUUACCUUGUUGAUGAACACGAAGAUGACGAACCGAUCAAGUUCGUCUAUGAAUUUGAUGAAAGCGGCCAUCCCAUCGUCCUUGGUUCGGGGAGCUUUGGAACAGUCUAUGCCGGUCGAGAGCUUAGCAGAGAAGUCAAAAUCGCCAUUAAGGAGAUUAAAAACAUUCCUCAGAAAGAUCUUCAACCAUUGAUUGAAGAAAUUAAUCUACAAUCGCGUCUCAAUCAUAAUAAUAUUGUCUGUUACCUCGGCUCAGUGUAUGAAGAUGGAGUCCUAAAGAUUCUCAUGGAGCAUGUCCCUGGAGGAUCCCUUAGCUUUCUCCUAAAGAAAAUUGGAGGUUUAAGGGACGAAACGGUUUCGCACUACUCCAGCCAAAUCCUCGAGGGUUUACGCUACUUGCACGCCAGCAAAAUUGUGCACCGAGACAUUAAAGGUGACAACAUCUUGGUUAAUAUGUACAGAGGGGAAUUGAAAAUAGCCGAUUUUGGCGCCUCAAAGCGACUCGGCGGUCUCAUUAGGAAGGCUGGCACAGUCACAGAACUUCAGUCUGCAAUAAUUUGUGUCUAUAUCUCAGGCACCAUGCGCUUUAUGGCUCCGGAGCUCAUAAAUGCCUCAAAAGAUGGUUACGGUUAUCCUGCUGACAUAUGGAGUUUCGGUUGUACAGUUGUGGAAAUGGUGACAGGCAAACUUCCCUAUCAUGAGCUUGAUGCGUUCGCAGCUUUUUAUCGAGCGGGCUACUACAGCGCUCAUCCCGACAUUCCUGAAGAGCUGCCAGAACCUUGCAAAGCAUUUAUCAAACGCUGCUUUGAAAUCGAUCCGGAGAAGCGAGCAAGUGCUGACGAACUUCUCGCCGAUCCUUUCAUUCUCAUGUAA